CGAGCGUGGCCGGGCAUCCGGGCGGGGCGUCCGGGCUCGGCGGUGAGUGUGCGCUUUUCCGCGGCGGCCCAAGCUCCUGCGCCCGCUGCGAUGAGCUACGACCGCGCCAUCACAGUCUUCUCGCCCGAUGGCCACCUCUUCCAAGUGGAGUACGCGCAGGAGGCCGUCAAGAAGGGCUCGACCGCGGUUGGUGUUCGAGGAAGGGACAUUGUUGUUCUUGGUGUGGAAAAAAAAUCUGUGGCCAAGCUACAAGAUGAAAGAACAGUGCGGAAGAUCUGUGCUUUGGAUGACAAUGUCUGCAUGGCCUUUGCAGGUCUCACCGCUGAUGCAAGAAUAGUGAUCAACAGGGCACGGGUGGAGUGCCAGAGCCACCGGCUGACUGUGGAGGACCCGGUCACUGUGGAGUAUAUCACACGCUACAUCGCCAGUCUGAAGCAGCGUUACACACAGAGCAAUGGACGCAGGCCAUUUGGCAUCUCUGCCCUCAUUGUGGGUUUUGACUUCGAUGGCACCCCCCGACUCUAUCAGACUGACCCCUCAGGCACAUACCAUGCAUGGAAGGCCAAUGCCAUAGGCCGGGGUGCCAAAUCGGUGCGCGAGUUCCUGGAGAAGAACUACACAGACGAAGCUAUCGAGACUGACGAUCUGACCAUCAAACUAGUGAUCAAGGCACUCCUGGAAGUGGUACAGUCAGGUGGCAAAAACAUUGAACUUGCUGUCAUGAGACGAGAUCAGCCCCUCAAGAUUCUAAAUCCUGAAGAAAUUGAGAAAUAUGUUGCUGAAAUUGAAAAGGAGAAAGAAGAAAAUGAAAAGAAGAAACAAAAGAAAGCGUCCUGAGGGAUGGAGCGUCCUCACUGGAGCCAGCAUCAGGACUGAGUCAGGAGUGAGCCUUGGCGUAGACCUUCCUCUGUCCACCGUGUGCCCAAUAAAUUUCUGCAUUUUUUUAACCUUU